AUGGCCCAUGGCGGGACUGAGCGAGACCGGCGUCACCACGACUCGCCACAUGACAGCAACGGUGAUAACGGUGAUAUCGAGUCAUCAAGCGACUCCAGCGUUAUGUCUCGUCCCGCCAGUGCCAUUGCCAAUGGAAAUGAGAAGCCGAGUACAGACAACGAUGGACAUCGGCCAACAGAAGACGAGAUGCGGCCAAGCCUAUCCCGCGCACCCACUGCCCGUCUCCAAGGCCACGCUGGUUCAUCGGCCGGCUUUGGAACCGGCAUGCAAAGGACCAUCUCGCGGCGCGAGACCAUCAUAUCACGCAUCCGUAGCCGGCCGGUGCCUCAAUUCACUCAUCCGUUGUCCCAUAUCAAAACAAGCGAGGCCGACCUGGUUGACUUCGACGGACCCAACGAUCCCUACCAUCCCCUGAAUUGGGUCACUCACAAGAAGGUGCUAACGUUAUUUUUGUAUGCGUUCACGACGAUGAGUAGUACGUGGGCUUCUUCCGCCUACUCUGCUGGCACCGAAGCGGUCGCAAAGGAGUUCAACGUCGGCACCCAGGUCUCUGUUUUGGGCACUACUUUGUACUUGUUUGGCUUCGGUAUUGGCCCCUUACUGUGGGCUCCUUUGAGCGAGGUCUUUGGCAGGCGUAUCGCCGUUCUUUUGCCGAUGGUGGUGGCUAUAUGCUUCAGUUUUGGUACUGCCACGGCAAAGGAUCUGCAGACUGUGAUGAUUACCAGGUUCUUUGGUGCCUUCUUCGCGUCUGCCCCGGUCACCAACACCGGGGGGGUUUUGGGUGACCUCUUUUCGCCCGCCUGGAGAGGAAUUGCAAUGGCAGGAUACGCAAUGGCUGUCGUUGGUGGUCCGGUACUAGGACCGAUUGUGUCAGCGGCUGUGACCGCAGCACCAUCCCUAGGGUGGCGUUGGACUGAGUACCUCACCGGCAUUCUUCAAAGUUUCGUCCUCGUCAUCGCCGUCAUUUUCAUUGACGAGUCUUAUCCUCCAAAACUCCUCGUCUACAAGAGCCGACGCCUAAGGCACGAUACGGGCAACUGGGCUUUGCAUGCCAAGUUCGAAGAGUGGGAUGUCAGCAUCAAAGAGCUUGCCAAGAAGUUCCUCAUCCGACCGAUCCAGCUUCUUUUCACUCCCAUCUGCUUCCUCGUCGCGCUGUAUUCUAGUUUCACUUACGGUAUCCUUUACCUACAGCUAGGCGCUAUCCCCAUCAUAUUUGGCGAGAUUCGUGGAUGGAGCCCAUUCGUGGCUACGCUCCCCUUUCUGUCCAUCCUGCUCGGCGCCAUGGGCGGUGCCGCUGCCAACGUCUAUAACCAGACUCUUUACAACAAGGCUUAUCACGCGGCGGGGAACCGUGCAGUGCCAGAAAAGCGCCUGCCGCCAAUGAUGGUUGGCUCUGUUCUGUUCAGCGGAGGUCAGUUCUUGACCGGCUGGACCGCGAGUCCCAAUUUCCACUGGAUUUUGCCAUGUAUCGGCCUGGUCCUUCUUGGUAUAGGCUUCUUUACCAUUUUCCAGGCCGCACUGAACUACCUGGUGGACACAUUCCAGCAGUACGCUGCCUCGGCAGUAGCUGCGAACACAUUUCUUCGAUCAUGCUUUGCUGGGGCUUUUCCCUUGGUGGUGGGUCCAAUGUAUCACAAUAUCGGCGUUGGUCCAGGAUCUAGUAUCGUCGGUGGCUUUGCCGCACUGCUGAUACCAGUCCCAUUUAUCUUUUAUAUUUAUGGCAAACGGAUCCGGGCAAGUUCUAAGUGGUCGAAGGGAUCAGUCUUUGACUGA